CGUCGGUAGUUCGGUCCUCCGGAGAGAUUCUAUGGUGUGUUGGAGCCGGAAGUUGACGACUCCCCUCCCCCGCUUGUUGUGGAUGGAAGCUGCUAUUGAGGAAGCGGAGAGCAGAGAGUUGAGGGCAGCUCGGGCCCUCCCCCACCCCCUCUGCGGGGCAGCAGCCUCGUUGACAUUAGGAAAAAGCCCCUGCAAACUGACUUGAGUGUAGAAGGUAAUGGGCUCGGAGAACAGCGCUUUAAAGCGUGAUGCACCGGAAGAGCCUCCGUUUACAUUGCCCUCUGGAGUCAAUAUUUACCCAGCAGUGCUGCAGCGUGGCAAACUUGCCUCUGUCUUUGUAUAUAAGAGAGAAAAUGAAGACAACGUUAACAAAGCUGCCAAGCACCUGAAAACUUUACGCCACCCUUGCCUCCUGCGCUUCCUUUCUUGUACUGUGGAAACAGAUGGAAUCCAUCUGGUCACAGAGCGUGUGCAACCAUUGGAGAAGGUCCUGGAGACCCUCUCUUCUUCAGAGAUAUGUGCCGGAGUUUAUGAUGUUCUGCAGGCUCUUGUCUUCCUCCAUGAUAGGGGAAACCUAACACACAACAAUGUCUGCCUGUCUUCUGUAUUUGUGAGUGAGGAUGGGCACUGGAAACUAGGAGGCAUGGAAACUGUCUGCAAGCAGAAUGAAGCCACAGCAGAGUUUCUCCAUAGUAUCGCAUCAAUACGUGAGAAGACAAGCAUUCCGCCUGAAGAACUGUCUGCAGACUUCCAACAUCUUCCUGAGGAGCAGGGGCAUUCCCGGGAUGCCUAUUCAUUCGGUGCAAUGGUUGAAUACCUGCUGACUUUUUUAAAUGAAGAGGUUUCAGAGGAUGUCAUCUGCAGCUUUCAGAACACCCUUCGCUCGACUCUGCUCACUCCAGAUCCAUUGUGCCGCUCUCCAUUGUCUAGUUUGCUAUCUCAUGAAUUCUUCAGAAAUGAUUUCCUGGAAAUUGUGAGCUUUCUGAACACCCUAACCCUGAAAACCGAGGAGCAAAAAACUGAAUUUUUCAAAUUCCUAUUGGACAGAGUGGCUGGUUUGUCAGAGAAGUUGAUCGCUUUGCGGCUGGUUCCUCUCUUACUGAAUCAGUUUGUGUUUGCUGAGCCUGUAGCUGUUAAGAGUUUCCUUCCUCAUCUCCUGGGUCCAAGGAAAGAUAAAGUGGACGAAAACCAAACCAAUGGUCUGCUAUCUCCAGCCGUGUUCCAAGCACGUGUUAGUCCUGUGCUGCUGAAGCUGUUUGAAGUGCAUGAGGAGCACGUUCGGUUGGUGUUGUUGUCUCACCUAGAUGCCUAUGCCGAACUGUUCACUCAGAAAGAACUGAGAAACAUAAUAUUGCCACAGGUUUUACUGGGCCUGCGAGAUAGCAGUGACUCCAUAGUGGCUGCAACACUGCAAGGCUUAGGAGUGCUGGUUUCUCUGCUUGGACCUGAUGUUGUUGUGGGAGGUGACCGAUCAAAGAUCUUCAAAAGUUCAGCGCCAAGUUUCAGUAAAACCACAGACCCUUCCCCAGAAGACUCCCCCAAUCAUCUAGAGAGCUGCCAGAGAAAGCUGGUCUAUCUGCCCCUGCAGAACAGCUCUUCAAGUGUGUUCCUCAAGUGCCCCAGCUCUGGAAACUUCUCCAGCACCAACCCUGUGCCAAGGCAAGAAUCUCUCCUAGCCUUAAAGAAAGGGGAACAUGACUCUCUGCUGACCUUCAAUGGUGUUCCUGAUGGAUUAACUACAUUGAGAAAUGGCAGAAGCUGCCAGCAUGCAGCUGAGAAGACAGCAGAAGAAUGGCCAGACUGGAGCGAGUGUGAAGAGCCAGAGACUGAGACAAGUGCAACUGUCGCUAUCAAAAGGAAAGAGUUUUGUGCUGACAGCAGACGCUCUCUUGCUAGUCGUGGUGUGGAUGAGAGACCUUGGGAUGAUGAUGUGGCUCAUAGUACUGACUUUAAGUCCUCUCGAGGAACCAGCCUGAGUGCUAUAGGUUUAAGUGACGUGAUAGAGGUGCCACUGCCUCCAAAUAUGCUUGAGCCUAAAAGAGAAUUUAGAACUCUCAAAUGCAUUUCCUCUCCAGGGUCCAGCGGCAACCGUUACAAUCACAGAGACCAACAAGGUGAGAUCUCCCGUCUGCCCAAGGGGUCAUUUCCAGAGAAGUCUCCCAAGCUGGAAUGUGCUUUAGGAGAGGAAUUCACCAUCCAAGUGAAGAGGAAGGAGUUGCAUGAUACUGAGCUGGACUGGUUCGCUGACAUGGUCCCAGAUAUCAAACCUUCAUCGGCACUCUUGAUUCUGCCAGAACAGGGACCCCAUCUUGUUCACAGCAAUUUAAACACAAUUUCAAGCAGAGUUUAUAAUGCUCAGGGGAUGCAGUUUUCUUCUAAAUUUGCAGCGGCUGAAGUCACAGAGGUGGAUGUUGGCUGGGAAGAAGAGGAGGAUCUGAACUGGGAAGAUGACGCCAACUGGUGACAAUUAAGACUUUGUGCUGGAUUGGAGUUGGGUCGCUUCUCCUUCAAUGCCUUAGACAAUUAUUACCCCAUCCUACAGGCAGCAAGAACUCAACAACAUUUCUUCAGAGCUGGUGUCACUGCUUGCCUUUCUGACCUGCAACUUUUAGGCCUUAUUUAGGCCAUAAUGACAACCAGGGCCUCCUGCCUUGGCUUCUAAAAGGGGGUUUUACCUUUCCAGAACAGUUUGUGUUUGUGGAAAACUCUAGGGAAAAUAAAUGGAUAAUUCACUCAUUGAA